UUUUCAUAAAUAUCAUCUGACACAAUCUGACAGUUACCCUUUGUGUAUCUAAUAUCUAUGUUCGUAGGUUACUUUCGAAUUAAACAACUGUAGACAGAAUGUUGGAUGAACCAGAAUUAGAUUCUCAAAGUGAAUGUUGUUUACCCAGCAUUUCACAUAUUAAUAUUAAGGAAGAAUCUUGUGAGACCCCAUUGAUCGAGGAUCAAAAUAAAAGUGUAGAACUUUGUAACAAUCUAAAUGAAAGAUUGAGUAAUAUAAGAAAAAAAUUGAAGAUAAGUGUAUAUGAUAAAAGCUGUAAGAAAGACUUUCAAAAUCAUGAACUUCAUUUAUUUGAAAGUAAUGCUUUAAUUACUAAUGAAAUAAUUAGUAAUAUAACAGGAAUGCGAGCUGAAUUUUUUUUUGUGUUAUAUGACUUUCUUGAAAACUACAUGACUGUUUUGUUUAAUAAGUCUAAAAUGGAACAACUUUUAUGUGUUCUAGGUAAAUUGCAUCUUAAUAAAAUGUAUUUUGUGAACGAAUUUCAGUUUCCUUUAGUAUUUGCAUCAAAUAUCGACAUAUUCUUUGAUAUAUUUCAAAUAAUAAACAUAUCAUAUCCACUUUUCCCACUAAGUUUCCCUAAAUUUGUAGAUAAUUCAUUCUCACUACCUCAAAGGGUAAGAAUUAUUGAUGUCUUAACAAUUAAAAUUAAAGGUGACUGUUCACAAAAUUACAAAAUAAAUUAUCUUUUAGCAUAUACAUUAGAUGGAAGAAUCAUUUUUAAUUCAAAGGCCUUGCCUGACAUAUCUGUUAAAGCCAUGAUUAACCAAAGCAAUAUUAUUAAAUAUUUAAGAAAAGAUGCACAAUUGCUUAUUUGUCAUAAAUCUGCACAGUCAACAACUUGUUUGUUAGAGGAUGGUAUCUACUUGGUAAAUUAUUCAAAUAAUAGUAAUUUACUAAGUAUUAUUCGCAAAUGUGGAUCAGAAAUUGAAAAUUAUGCAAAAGAAACCACAUGCAAACUACAAAUUGUCUUUCCAAUUCUAAACGAAAUUCUCCCUUUUUAUAUGAUAAAAGAUAAUAAUACUGUAUGUUUUUUAGACAAAUUAGUUUCAGUUUGUUGUAAACUUUAUAAUAUAAUGUACUUAAAUGACAUUAAAGUAUAGUUUAUUUUUGAAAAGUAUAUUUUAAUUUAACAAUAUUAAUGUUUUGAUUUUGAUAU